UAAAAGCCGUAAAGUAAUAAAUCCGAAAAAGAGAUAACCUUCCUUCGUUUCAAAUUAUCGACCGAUACAGUUCUCUCCCAACAAAGCACGUUACAGUACAGAAAUCGAAUUCAAGCUGGCAUGGCUGCGGCCUUGCAGGCUCAGGUUCAAUUCCCACUAAGUGUGGGGGGUAUGACAGACUUCUCUCUUCUGCCUUCAUAUAGUAAAUUCACGGGCUCCCACCUUCUCGUUUCCCGCUCUCUUAUCAAAUUUAGAGGACGCCUCCUUAUCUUAUUUAACAGUAAGGAAAAUAAGAUUAAGGUAUCAGCUAGCAGACGUACAGGCCCAACCAAGGUGGCUUCCUUGGAUUUACAUGCUCAAGUUAAUGGAGUCAAUAUUGCUGAAGAUGCCACACAGCUGAUUGGAAAGACACCCAUGGUUUAUCUGAACACUGUUGUUAAGGGAUGUGUAGCAAAUAUUGCUGCAAAGCUUGAAUUCAUGGAGCCUUGCUUUAGUGCAAAGGCCAGAACUGCCCAUGGUAUGAUAUCUGAUGCUGAACUGAAGGGAGUGAUUGCUUCUAGAAAGACUAUUCUUGUAGAGCCAACUACUGGUGAUACAGGAAUGGGUCUUGCAUUUAUUGCUGCUGCAAAGGGGUAUAAACUCAUUUUAACAAUGCCUUCAUCCACAAGUCUGGAGCGACAAAUUGUAUUACGUGAUUUGGGAGCAGAGAUCAUUCUUACAGAUCCAGCUAAGGGAAUGAUUGGAGCAAUUGAGAAGGCUGAGAAAAUCCUGGCUAAAACACCAAAUGCAUGCAUGCUUCAACAAUUUGAGAACCCUGCAAAUCCUGAGAUCCAUUUUGAGACAACAGGUCCAGAAAUUUGGGAGGAUACUAGGGGUAAGAUAGAUAUAUUGGUUGUAGGAAUUGGAACUGGUGGUACUAUCACUGGGGUUGGCCGUUAUUUGAAAAGUAAAAAUCCAGACAUCAAGAUUAUCGGAGUGGAACAAACUGGGAGAAAUAUUAUGUUAGGACCAGGGUUUAUUCCUAAAAUUUUGGAUGUUGGGAUACUGGAUGAAAUGCUGCAGGUUUCUGCUGAUGAAGCUGUGGACAUGGCAAAGCAGUUGCUACUCAAGGAAGGUUUAUUGGUUGGGAACCCAUCAGGUGCUGCAGCUGCUGCUGCAAUCAAAGUAGCAAAAAGGAAAGAAAACACAGGCAAAUUACUCGCAGUUGUGUUUCCAUAUUGAGAAAACUUUUCAAAACUUUCUUUCUAUUGGGCAGAAAUCACAGAAAAUCCGCUUCCAUUUUUUGCAUAAAAUUUUGUUUACUGUGAGUACCCUUAAAAAAGCCAAGUACGGGUAUAGUUAGAGAGGACCAAAGAUAAAACGUCGGCCAUGUAAAAUAGAGUAUAUAUCAAGCACCAAAUUUUUGGUGAUUUCUCAUGAAAUUAUAACAUGUAGAUCGUGUCAUUGUAUAUUUCCAUUUUCAUGGGCAAUUUUGUUGAGACGAUAUAAUCAAUAAGUAUUCGUCCUCCUCCGUUCCCAUUUGUCUACAUUUUUGAAAUGUAGUAUGGACUCCUAAGGUUGCAUAUAGUCUUGAUGAUUAAUAGAAAUUAUUUAUGGUUG